AAGAGUUAAAGAUGCACGUUGCCAAUUCAUUUCAAGUCAAAGAAACCAGAGAUGCCAGAAGCACUGAUGAAAUUUUGCAAAUGUAUGAGCCACAAAGCAGGGACAUCAACCGCUUCCUGGGCCAGCUGGCAAUGUUUCACCUCACAGAGAUGAGAGGGUACGAGUAUGACCUGGACAGCAUCAUAGGUUGGAGAGACACAACAAGCAGGAUUGGAGAGGGGUCCUUUGGUGAAGUGUACCGUGUCCAAGUCCAGGGGAAGGGAACAGAGACUCCUGCAGCACUGAAGCUUGGAGUCUACCCAUACGACAUCACAACCACGGAAACUGCCUGGGACUUCCUGAAGGAGGAAGACAACCUACGGAAGUUGCAGGGAGAGCACAUAGUAGAGUACUACGGCACAGCUUGCAGGAGGGAGGGUGGCGGCCUGAGGCUGGGGCUGGUCAUGGAGCUGUGUGACGGCACACUGGGGGACAGGAUUGUUGGUAACAGGAACCAUAACCCAGCCUGGUGGGGUGCUGACCCAGAGAAGCAGGCAGCAGCCUUCAGCUACACCCAGAACCUGGCAGUACAGCUGUGUGAGGGGCUGAAAACCAUCCAUGAUGCUGGCUACAUCCAUAAGGACCUCAAGGUUAUCAAUAUACUGGAAAGCCUUAUGAAUUGA